ACAAAUGGAUCACAAAAUUCAAGACAAAAGAGAGUCUAUAAGAAGACAAAGACAUCACAAGAAGUAGUGAAACGAGAAGACAAUGAUUUGGCGGAAGAAGAGGUCACUAAUGAAGACUCGGAUGAGAGGAAGACAUUGACGACAGACACAGACCUCAAGAGUAUUAAAGACAAGACAUGUUAUAAACUACGAAAAAAGAGGACAAAACCAGUGUAUUGUUCAUUGAAGCCAAAGAUAUAUCGUUGCGAUUACAAAGACUGUGACCACAAGUGCCGAUCCGCGGCAACACUGGCCACACAUAUGAAAUCACACGACAAUCAGAAGACCGAAUCCAAUAGACAGCUAAGGCUAGACCUUCACCGCCGGUGCUAUAACUCGACCACUAAUACCUAUACAUGCGAUCAAAUCAAUUGUCUGAAGACAUUCACUAAUUAUACCAGAUUUAGAGACCAUUGGAUUUAUAUUCACAAAGCGUUGAAAUCAAAGUCAUUUGAAUGCAAUUACAAAGAUUGUGACUAUAAGUGCCGAUCGGAUGCAUUGUUGACCUCUCAUAGAAAAUCACAUAACAAUCCUAAGACCGCAGCCAAUAGACAGCUAAGGCUAGACCUUCGCCGCCGGUGCUAUAACUCGACCGCUAAUACCUAUACAUGCGAUCAAAUCAAUUGUCUGAAGACAUUCGCAAAUUUUAACAGAUUUAGGGAGCAUUGGAUUUGUGUGCACACAACUCGUGAUGUUGUCUGCGAUUAUCCCGACUGUAAAAAAGUGUUCAAAACUAAAAGCCUCUUAAGAAUCCAUUUCAAUAAUCUCCACAAAACAGACAAUCCGUUUAAGUGUCCGCACAAUGGAUGCAGUAAAGCGUUUGCAUACAGACAGCGAUUGGACUACCAUUUGAACAGUCAUACGACUGGUCGACCAUUUGUAUGCGAUUUCAUUGGCUGUCAGAGAAGCUAUAAGAAUGAAAUAUCACUCACGACUCACAAACUGAUCCAUUUGAGUGAACCCACCAUUAAGUGUAGUGUCGAGGGCUGUGGCGAACGGUUCUAUAAACACAGGCAUAUGAACAAACACCGAGCGGUCGUCCACUCUAUACCCCUUUAUAGAUAUCGCCCUAAGCCUGAGAAUCGGGUGCCCUGUCUGUGGCCGGGCUGUGACUUCACCACUAAUGGCGGCAAUUAUGUACUCAAACAACAUGCCGUCAAACAUACCGGUGAAAAGCAGGUGGUCUGCCAUUGGCCCGAAUGUGGCAAACGGUUUGCCCGAUACGACCACCUGAAGGGACACAUGAAUAUACACAACAAUGUCAAGCCGUAUGCCUGCGAUUGGCCCGGAUACAAACAACACUUCAGACUAUUGUCGCUACGAUUGGAUCAAUUGAGUGACAAACAAACUGAAGACACAAAUGAAUCCCAAGAAGUGAGACAAACUCGAGGCCAGAAGAAGAGACAAAUAUCUCGAGAAGUAGUGAAACAAACGGAUCAAACAAAUGGAUCACAAAAAUUGAGACAAAAGAGAGUCUAUAAGAAGACAAAGACAUCACAAGAAGUAGUGAAACGAGAAGACAAUGAUUUGAUGGAUAAAGUGGUCACUAAUGAGGACUCGGUUGAGAGGAAGACAUCGACGACAGACACAGACCUCAAGAGUAUUAAAGACAAGACAUGUUAUAAACGAUUGAAACCAAAGGCUAUUAAACAAGUAUUCGGUUCAUUAAACUCAAAGACUCUUGAAUGCGAUUACAAAGACUGUGACUAUAAGUGCCGAUUUGCGGCAACUCUGGCCAUACAUAUGAAAUCACACGACAAUCAGAAGUUCGAAGCCUAUAGACAGCUAAGGCUAGAUCUUCGCCGCCGAUGCUAUAACUCGACCACUAAUACCUAUACAUGCGAUCAAAGCAAUUGUCUGAAGACAUUCACAAAUGCAAACAGAUUUAGAGAUCAUUGGGUUUAUGUCCACAGAACUCGUGAUGUUGUCUGCGAUUAUCCCGAGUGUAACAAAAUGUUCAAAUCGCCAUUCCUUAUGAGAAUUCAUUUCAAUAGAGUCCACACAACAUACAAACCGUUUAAAUGUCCGCACAAUGAAUGCGGUAAAGAGUUUGCAUACAAACAGUGUUUGGACUCUCAUUUGGUCAGUCAUACGACUGGUCGGCCGUUUGUAUGCGAUUUCAUUGGCUGUCAUCGGAGUUAUAAGAAUGAAGUGUCACUCACGACACACAAACUGAUCCAUUUGAGUGAACCCACCAUUAAGUGUAGUGUCGAGGGCUGUGGCGAACGGUUCUAUACACGCAUGAAGAUGAAGAAACACCGAGAGGUCGUACACUCUAUACCUUUUUAUAAGUUUUGCCCUAAGCCUGAGAAUCGGGUGCCCUGUCUGUGGCCGGGCUGUGACUUCACCACUCAUCGCGGUAAUUAUGUACUCAAACUCCAUGCCCUCAAACACACGGGUGAAAAGCCGGUUGUCUGCGAUUGGCCCGAAUGUGGCAAACGGUUCGCCAGAAUGGAUCAUCUGAAGGACCACAUGAAUGCCCACAAGAAUGUGAAGUCGUAUGCCUGCCAUUGGCCCGGAUUCGGGCUCGCGUUCGCUGGCGGUGAACCCUUGACGACCCGUCGGACGGUAUUCGGGACCAAAGUCUGGGAGACGACGAGUGCGUAUGAUAUGAGAAACAAACAACACUUCAGACUAUUGUCGCUACGAUUGGAUCAAUUGAGUGAUAAACAAACGGAGGAAUCAAUUGAGUCACAAGUGAGACAAACUCGUGGCCAUAAAAAGAGACUAAGAUUUGAAGAAAUAGUGAAACAAACGGAUCAAACAAAUGGAUCACAAAAUUCAAGACAAAAGAGAGUCUAUAAGAAGACAAAGACAUCACAAGAAGUAGUGAAACGAGAAGACAAUGAUUUGGCGGAAGAAGAGGUCACUAAUGAAGACUCGGAUGAGAAGGAGAUUGAGUGCAAAGUCUGUGGCAAUCGGUGUCUCACAACUGAAGGACUUAAACAUCACAUGAAAAUACAUGACUCACAGAAGAGUGCGGAUGUGUAUCGACAACAGCGUCAGGAGCUUAAGGACAGGUGCUAUGACUCGAUCACUAAUACCUAUAUCUGUGACCAAAACGAUUGUCUGAAGACAUUCAACAAUUUAAUAGAGUUUAGAAAGCAUGUGAUUAGUGUCCACACGAGUCGUGAUGUUGUCUGCGAUUAUCCCGAGUGUAACAAAGUGUUCAAAACAAGACAUUUAAUGAGAAAACAUUGCAAUAGAAGUCACCCGACGGAUGAGACUCUGUGGAGGAAGACAUCGACCGCAGAGACAGUCGUGAAGAGUAUUAAAGACAAUAAAAGACUUAAACGAUUGAAACGAAAGCAGAAACAACUCGAUGUGGACUUAAUCUCAAAGCCAUUUGAAUGCAAAGUGUGUGGCAAACGGUGUUUAACGGGCGGAGCACUGGAGGCACAUAUGCGAAGACAUGACCCGUGGAAGUAUGCAUUGGAUCGACAACAGCGUCAGGAGCUUAAGGAUAGGUGUUAUGACUCGACUACUAAUACAUGGAUCUGUGACCAAAUUGGUUGCCAAAAGACAUGCAAUACUUACCAUCAGAUAAGAGCGCAUUUGUUUAGUGUCCACAAGAGUGCGGACAUUGUCUGUGAUUUUCCUGAUUGCGGCAAAAAGUUUAAAAUGUUAGGAGGAAUGCAAAAGCAUUACCGCAUUUUUCACACCGACGACAAGCCGUUCGGGUGUCCGCACGAAGAGUGCGGACAACGGUUUGUAAAUAAUAACGAUUUGAAGAAACAUAUGGUUAGCCACGAAACUGGUCGCCGAUUUGCCUGCGAUUUCAUUGGCUGUCAAAAGGUUUAUAUGAAUCCACACACUCUUGAGACUCACAAACGGAUCCAUUUGAGUCAACCGACCAUUAAGUGCACUGUCGAGGGAUGCGCUCAAAGGUUUUAUUCGCACCACGAGGUGGACAAACACCGGGCGAGUGUCCACUCUAUGCCCCGAAAGCGCAGUAUAGGUGUACCGGUUCAGUGUCUUUGGCCGGGCUGUGACUUUAUGGGUGAUAAUUGUAGUCUAAAGCGACACGAAAGAACACACACGGGUGAGCGGCCGUAUGUCUGCGAUUGGCCAGAAUGUGGCAAACGGUUCACUCGACCCGACUAUUUGAGAAAUCACAAGAAUGUGCACAACAAUGUCAAACCCUAUGCCUGUCAUUGGCCCGGAUGUCACUACCGGUGCAGUCAUAAGAAUGUGUUCCCGCAAUACAGUCAACACUCGGAGCCCAACGAACCCGAAGUGAGCUUAACAGAAGGCAUUAGAUUCUCGACGGCGUUCGGUCAUCCGAUGGCCCGCUAA